AUGGCGAUGUCUCAUCUCUUUCUUUCUUCCUCUCGACCUUCAAUGGCUCUUCGACUUCACUCUCCUCUUCUACCUCCGACCCAGGACAAUAAAGAUUGUAAGAUUUUUAAGUGUGCAAAUGAAGCUAGAGUAUCAAAGAGAUUCCUUUGCCGCUCGAUUCAUAUGGAAUCUGAACAUUCAGGGGAAUCAGAGAGGUUUAGUUUUGAUAGUCUAUUGAGAAAGACAAAGCAUGUUUGGGAUAGCUCUCCUCAGCCGAUUAAGGAGUUCCCUUGGAAUCGAGCUUUUGAAAACUUCGUACAGCUCGUUUUUGAUCUCGCUAUAUCGGUCGUUAAGUUCUUGUUUGUUCCCAUAUUGGCGGUUUCUUCAAUCAGUGAGAUGUCUUAUUGUGCUCAUGAGAGGAGGCUUGCUUUAGUUCCGUUUCCAUUAGUCAUCGGUGUGGUUGUUGCAGGCAUAUUACAAGAAACCGCUUUGAAGAUGUCUCCUCGUCUUAAGGAAGCGGAAGUACCGUGGCAUUUGAUAGCUAUGACGAUGUUCUUCACUCUGAUUAAACUUCCUGGACCGUACUAUCCGUAUUGGGGGCGCUUAUUAGUUCCACAUUUUGCAAACGGAGUAUUGUUUAGAUCACUUUGGUCCAUGUUCUUUUGGUAUAAGAAGACUCGAAACACAUCAACAAAUCCUCCGCAGAAUCACAGUUUGGUAACAAAAUGA